AUGUUUCUUCGAAAUCCAAACAUCAAGACCGACAGAAGUGUCAAGAGAAGAGCAGUCAACUUUUUACUCUUUGAUGGAGAUUUAUACAGAAAAGGGCUGGAAGAUGGACUUUUAUUACAAUGCAUAAGUAAGGAAGAAUCACUCCAGGUUAUGGCCGAGGUACAUGAAGGCAGUUGUGGAGCCCACCAAGCAGGAAUUAAAAUGAGAUGGCUGAUCCGAAGAUAUGGAUACUAUUGGCUAAGAAUGAGUAAAGGUUGCAUAGAUUAUGCAAGAGGCUACCAAGUUUGUCAAAAUCAUGGGCCGAUUCAAAACGUGCUAGCAAAGGAAUUACAGCCAAUAGUCAAAUUAUGGCCGUUCAGAGGAUGGGGCCUUGACCUUAUUGGUAAAGUUAAUCCACCAUCAAGUGAAGGCCAUCACUGGGUGAUUGUUGCCACGGAUUAUUUUACUAAAUGGGUUGAGGCCAAAGCUUGUAAAAUGGUUGAUCAACAAACAAUAAUUAACUUCAUGGAACAACAUAUUGUCCAUAGAUUUGGAAUUCCGGAAACACUUGUUUCAAACAAUGCAACAGUGUUUAGGGCAGCUGAUGUGUUACAAUUCGGCCACAAUAUGAACAUCCAUAUGUCAACCUCUACACUAUACUAUGCCCAAGAAAAUGGUCAGGCUGAGUCUUUAAAUAAAAUUUUAAUUGAGAUCAUUGAAAGAAUGAUCAAAGAAAAGCCAAGAAGGUUUCAUGAGACUUUGUCUGAGUCUCUAUGGGCCUAUAGAAAUUCAAAAAGAAUAGGCACGGGAAUCACACCAAAUAUGUUAACUUAUGGACAUGACGAUGUUCUGCCUAUGGAAAUGAAGGUUAAAUCGGCCAGAGUUGCAUUCCAAAAUAGUCUAACUCUGGCUGAUUACACUAAAGUAAUGUUAAUAGAAUUGGAAGACUUAGAUAAAGUCAGGCUGGAUGCUUUGGAUCAUAUCAUAGCUCACAAGAAAAAGGUAAUGAGGAUCUAUAACGAAAGGGUAAAACCUAAGUCUUUUGCUGAAGAAGAUUUAGUUUGA